AUGACUGUCGCCAUCUACACCGAGGACUCUGCCCUCCUCCCCGGCAAAAAAGCAGUCACCCCACUGCCAAAAGGCCAGAUCGGCAUCCUCCUCCUGGCCCAGAUCAUCGAGCCCUUUGCUGCGCUCGUUAUCUACCCGUUCAUUAACCAGCUAAUCGGUGAGCUCAAUAUUACUGGUGGCGAUGACCGGAAGAUUGGGUACUACGCUGGCUUGGUCGAGUCGCUGUUCUACGUGACCCAGGCCAUGACGGUCUUCCAGUACAGUCGUCUUUCGGACCGCUUUGGACGCAAGCCAGUGUUGCUCCUCGGCAUCUUCGGUCUCGCCCUCUCCAUGCUCUGCUUCGGUCUGUCACGCACAUUCUGGAGUCUUAUUCUCAGCCGUUGCAUUACUGGGGCACUCAAUGGCAACAUUGGCGUGAUGAAGAGCAUGCUCGGCGAGCUCACUGACGCUACAAACAUGGCCCAGGGCUUCGCUCUCAUUCCCAUCGCUUUUUCUCUGGGCGUGACUCUCGGUCCGAUCGUCGGCGGCUCUCUGGCCAGACCGCAAGAUCAGUGGCCGCAUAUCUUCGCUGGGAAGUUUUGGGCCGAUUAUCCAUACUUCCUCCCAUGCGCGAUUUCUUCUGGGUUUGCGAUGAUCGUUUUCGUCCUCAUCGUUUUCUUUUUGAAGGAGACCGUCAAAAAACAAUCAACUGCUGAGAAACGCCGCUCGUGGUUGCUCGACAGUACUGCCGAGUAUGGCGCAGUUGACAAUGCGGCUCAACCGCUCUGUUCAUCUCCGCCUCCCUACAGUUCCAACCCUGAAGAGCCCAUUCCCAUGCGGUCCCUUCUCACUCCGCCUGUAUUCGUUUGCGUCGCAAACUAUGGCAUGCUCGCCACCCUCGAAAUCGCGUAUUACUCCAUUCAGCCCCUAUUCUACUCAACGCCUCUAGAGUUCGGCGGUUUGGACCUCUCCACUCGCACUAUCGGCCUCUGGAUGGGUCUCUUUGGAAUUGCGAACGGACUUGUUCAGGCGUUCUUCUUCGCUCCCAUAGUACAGUGGAUCGGACCGAAAAAACUCUUCUGCGCCGCUAUCGUCGCGGACGUUGUGAUCUUUACGAUGUACCCUAUUAUCAGCGUGACCGCUCAGCGCGAGGGCGUCAGCCCUCUCGUGUGGGCCAUGAUGACUGUUCAGCUACUACUCGCGGUUGUUCAGGACAUGGGAUAUGGAUGUAUUCUAAUGUACAUUACGUCGGUGGCACCCAACAAGCGCUGCCUUGGAGCAGUGAACGGAUUAGCGCAAACCACUGCCUCUAUCGCCCGUGCGAUUGGCCCCGCAGUCUCCACCGCCGCGUUCGCUUACUCGCUGGACCAUAAUCUUCUAGGCGGCCAUGCCGUCUAUGUGAUCUUCACCGUCAUCGCAUUAUUCGGGGUCUUCCUCGCCUCGAGGCUGCCCCCGAGCCUCCACGGUUCCGACAAGGAAGAAUCGAGCUAA